AUGAAGACGUGGGGUGGGGGGGGAGGGGAUCAGGCAAUAGCGGGAGAAAGCCGCGGCGGUGAUGGCGAACCAAACCUGGGCUCCAUCCUGUUCCAAGACGUGCAAAGGGAGGACGAUGACCAGGGAGAGACCUACGAGGCUGCGGUAUGGGCAAAGGUGGCCAUCGCGGACUUGGCCACGCGAAACAUGGGGCAGCGAUAUGAACAAGACAAAAAAGCCAACGGGACUGGUGGUGGGACUGGUGGUGCUUUUGGAGAAAGGCAAGCGACCUUGCGCAAGAAAGCGAAGAGGGCGAAGAGAAAGAGGGCUAUUCAGCGCGGCAAACCGGGCGGAGGAAAAGAUGACGCCGCUGAGGACGCCGCUGCUACACACGAGACGCCGGACGCUGGAAACAGAGUCCCGUCGGCCGCCGCGGUUGCGAUGUCCAGCCUCACCACCUCAGUAAAACAUGUCAUCAUCGAUACCGGCGACGGUGACAAACAACAAGAUGAUAGCAUUGGGGGUCAAUCUACAAGCGUGGUUUUAUCGGAUGUGGGGACGCAUAAGACCCACACGGAAGGACAGGGAGAGCAGGCGGCAUCCGCGGUAAAGCCGGCGAUGACUGUAGUGGCGGCUGCUGCCGCUGAAACUGCCGACUCUGCUGCUCCCACAACGUCCUACCACCAAGGGCAACAGCAGGAACAAUUCUGUCUUGAGGCUGCAAGCGGUAGCCACGACCAAAUCUGCGACGCCGAGGGUGAGGAGCAGACGUCAGAGGAGAAAACAGGGAAGACGCAUGAUACAAAACAAUCGACCAAGGUCGGGGCUGUGGCUGCUAUGGGAAGCGACGGCUUCAUGCCCGUCAUUGAUUCGGCAGUGGGUGGUAGGUACGGAGAUACCGGCAAGCCUCUAACCGAUGGUGAUCAUCAAAACAAGCACACGAUGGGUGACAAAGCUGGUUCCGGCAAGGCCAGAUUAGACAAGGAGAACAAUAAUGAGGGUGAGGGUGAGGGGACGGGCGAGGAGUCUGACGAUUCGAUAGACCUGGAACGAACGCAGGAGAAAGAACUCGACGAUGGGAAAAGGGGUGAACAACGGACGACCGAAGGGGAAAAUGACCAACAAAACGGGGUUGGAAGAGAACAAGAGUCUGCCGUGAUGGAGGAAGAGACUGAGGGAGAAGAGACGGAGGAAAAAGAGUCAGAGUCAGAGGAGGAGGAGGAGGAGGAGGAGCAGGAAGAGGAAGCCGAGGGUCUCGCCAAGAAUGACGAAGACAACCGUUGUAACCUUGAGGCAGUCAUAGAUUCGCUACAGCUCUUACUGGGAGACGAACGGAUGGCGUGGCGAGCCGAUGUCCGCACUCCUCGGGUUCUCGCAACCGCUAUCGAGAAGCUCGCCGACUUAUCUCAGCGCCGUGCCAACGAUGACAGAGCAGACAAAACGAUGGAUCUACCAGGUAUUGGUAGUGGUGCCGGGGCUGCCACCGAGGAGCAACCCAUAAAAAAACGACCGUCGACGAGGCAGGAGAUUCUUCAGAGCGGCGAAGAGAGUUUGCGAGGCGUGUUUGCCGCGCUAGAGGGCAAACUAUCUAGCUUGGUCGCCGAGUGGAAACCACGUUGGAAGGACCACUGCCAAGCGGAGAACAUCCCUAUCAGAAGAGGAGGAGGAGGAGGCGUCGGUGGGGGGUGGAACAAAACGAGAGCGAAGGUGAAGCGUGGUGGCAAGGGCGGCAGCAGAAGGAGUUUGCCUGAUGUGGUGCACGGAAUCCUGGUCUCCGCUGCGGAAGCUGGGGUCGAUAUCGAGGUGCGAACAACGCCCGCUGGACGGUACGACACACCAUUGUUUCUUCGUUCCCUGUACCUCAUCCGUGCGAAGACAUUUCUAAAAGUACUCUCAUUCCGCAAUCCAUCCGCCCAGGCACACGCUAAUAGCGGCGGAAAACCAGCCGCUGACGUCCCAGAAGAUGGGGUUGGAGUUGGUGGAACCAAUAGCGGCGAAACACCAAGACCCGGGAGCAACCACGGAGGAGGAAUGACCAACUACACCAAGAAGAAGCCAUGGAUGAAGCUACCGAAAGAGCUAGAAACCCUGCUGACUCACUUUCUGAAAGUACUACACAUGAUACCCGGCGUGCUGGAGCGAAGGGCCCAUCUAGCAGAGUUAGCUGGAGAAGAUCCUACAGAAAUCAUCUCGCUCCUAGAGGCCGCAAUCUUCUACCUUUACCUCCCUAGGACGAGCCCUCCGGGCGGUCCUCCUGUCUUCGGGCCGAUGGUUUUCGGCGCGGGAUCGGGCAAGGGAAACAGCAUAAACUCUUUCCACGCCGCGACCCUUGCAGCAGUGUCUAACGCCGCCGGCAAGAAGAAAGCAAAAAGGAAAACUACAAGCCAGGCUAGAAGUACAAAGGCUCAGCAACAACCAAUGGCGAAACCAGGCGGAGUGCGAACGAAGGCUUCGAGUCCCUCUCCGUCUCGUUCGCCUCCCCGGCACCGAGCCUCUCCCUCCCCCAGCCCCGCCACCGGACCCAAGAAUAAGCUCCAACAGGCGGUAUCAGCGCCGAAGGCGGCAGCGACAGAGGCAGCAACUGCAGCGGCGGCGAGAGCGGUCUCGCUUCUGCUGCCAUGGGAUACGGAAAGUCUUGCAGGUCUCCUGGCCGUGCACCGAGCCAUGGCCGCGGCCCUUCUUCAGCUCGAGAGAAACCUUAAGUUGAACGCUGUGACAAGCGAAAAACCCGAGAAUCAAACGAGCUCAAGGGUGAGCACCGCAAUAUCGACAGGUGUCGAUGGUCACGGGGAUCGAGAUCAUGGGGGCCAUGACCUUGCCGAUGACGCGAGUGACGAGCACGACCAGCUGCUGAACCGAUGUAGAGAGCUGCUGAAGAGAGCAGAUGCCAGCCUUACACUAGCGCUUGCCGCGGCCGGGCUUGAGGUCGGGCUCGGGGCUCCGGCCACAACCUUGAACAACGCCACCCCCCCCGGCUCUGUUUUCGGCGUGGUGGGCGAUGGAAAUAAAAGUCCAAGAGGGAGAAUCACAGGAAGGGAUGAUCACGCCAACGGGAGGGGCCGGCCACGCAUGGCUUCACGCACCACGUCAAGGAAUCCUAACACUUCGGCCGACGACAGUGACGACAAUAUUGCGCGGCUCAACAACCUCACCAACCCUCCGCUGCCAGCGAACGAGAUUAUGGUGAUGCCAAUGUCCGAACGAGACGCGGACGUGGACCAAGUUGUGCCCGACCUCCACGACGGCUCCUCUUCCCUACACGAUGGCGAGAGAAGCGACUCCGACGGCAGGUCUCCCAGAAAGAAGUCGACGAGGGAAGAGGUACCGGGGAGGCGGAACACUCGAAGCGCUGCCGCUAGUGGUGCUUUUGUGGCUGCCACCACACCUGACGCCGGCAGUGAAACGAUGGCGGAGCUAUACGCCAUGCGGUGCGCGGCGAGAGAAGGUCUGGGCUCGGUGGAAGACGCCUGCAUAGACUGUCGAAAUGCUUUGGCGGCGGCGCCCGACGCGCCGAAGCUGUGGGCGAAGGCGGCGUCCCUCGCUCUACAAAGUGCAAGCGGUUCGGGGGGGAAAGGGCAGGCCGUCACGGAUAUCGAGGGAUUGUCCACGCAAUCUAUGAAAACAAACUUUGACUAUUGGGUAAGAGAGGCGGCACGUCUGGCUACGGGGCUCCUUUGUCUUUGCCCCCGGAGUUACCACGGCUUCAUGCUGCGAGGGCAGGAUGGAGGGACCGGCGAACGCUAUGCCGCCGAGGCGAUAGACAUGAUUACGAGAUUCCUGUGGUCGCCUCUCCCCUCAGUUGGCACGGAUACGACAAGGAGCCCCGGCAACGCACGCUUACGGGACCUUAUGGUUGUGUGGUGGAAAGGCCGAUUGAAGGAGCUCGAACGAAGUUACGGGCAGGCAAGCGCGUACUUCGAACUGGUGUACGAGAAAGACCCGACCAUCGAGCACCUCAACCACCUCGCCAGGUUCAACACCGACGGCAGGGAUACGCUGGCUGGCCGUGGGUCGAAGCAGCCAGGAAAGGCCGACCAGGUCCUCUCGAAUUUUUUGGAAUGCUACGGUAGUGCUGUCGGGGGCUUGGCUGCGGUCGGAGAUGCCGAGGACGGGGUGGCAGCGGUUGACAAGCUCCAAAUGUCAGAGGCACCCCCUUUUGGAAUAGACAAACGCUCACACGAGGGCUACUCGACCGCGAGCGCAGAGGACACCGCUGCCGACAAGGUCUCGCGACGUCCAUCCUUCCCUGCUGUCACGGGAAUCGCAGCGUGGGAUUCUGCCCUUCAGCAAGACUAUCACAGUCGCUUGCAAGCUGAAAAGAAAAGGAUAGCCGACAAGGCUGAAGCUGAUUCAUUUUCAGAGGAAGCAACAGGGGAAGUAGCCCACCUUUCCACCAGUGGAGGUAUUGGUGCUUCUGUGGCUGCGGCGCCGUCAGCGGCGCCGGCUGUAGCCGCGGUGGCGGCGGCCACCCACCCAGGCGAUGCUCCUGCUCCCGACGACGACGACGACGACGACGACGACGACGACAGGCCGUUUUUCGAGAAAGCCGACACAACAAGCACGAACGUCGGCAGCGAAGCGAGUCCCCAGGACUGCGAGUCGGGGCACGAUGGCAACCAACAGCCGCGGAGCGCGAGCAACGUUGUCCACGGCUUGGCAGACAACGUGAUACAAGACGAAGGAGAAUGUCCGCAGCCCGCCCGAAGCGAUAACCAGCAAGAACAUCGGGCUGGAGAUAAAGGACUGCGAGAAGGCAGGUUGGAGGACGAAGAGUCCCCGCUGCCGCUGGUGAGAACAGCGGCAGCAAACAACCCCUCACGAUGCCGCGGUGUGAAGCGACAGAGGUUACCGAGGGGACUCAAUGGAGCGCUCGAGCUGGUUUCGCGUUGCCUAGGAACGGACGGCUUCAACGCGAAGGCGUACAGCUUGCGCGCGGAGCUAGAGGCGCGACUAGGGCGGAGGGACCGCGCCAUCGCGGACUACAAAGCGGCGGCGUCUUUGGAAGUGGGAGAUCCUCGGUCGAGAAUUAACAUGGUGGGUACAGACGUCUUCGACGUACCCCACAGACAAUUUUCUAGCGCUGUCAGACGGAAGCCCUCACCUAUCGAAGAACGUGGGAUGUGUGUUAAGGGAGUGGUGCACCUCAACGCUUCUCGGUCAGGUACGGCUUCCAUUGAAUUCGAUGCCUUGGAGCGCGAAUCCACGGGCUCGGUCGAACGAGUUCUGGCAGCGUUUAACCUCGGCGUGGCCGCGGCCACCGCGGGAGAGCUGCGAAGGGCAGAAGCGGCAUUCACCCGCGCGAUAGCCACCCUUGCAGCUGGGGGUGUAUCACGAGACGUCACGAAGCUGAUCACUCCUGCAGCCUGCCUCGCAAACCGCGGCCUCGUUCGGUUUGCGAUGCAACGCUUUCGCGGUGCGGCCGAAGACCUUGGAGGGGCUAGCUUAAAAAGCUUCAAGGCACCCACCAUUGGCGGCGCAAACACCAGCGACAGCGGCGUGGUUCCUGCUGCAGCUGGAACGCCAGGUAGUGGGAUGACGCUCGCCGGGGGGGCGUUGGACACGCUGGACUGUGAGAUUGGAAGGGCGCUCGCUGAUGGACGGCUAGACAACCGAGUGUCGCGUGAGGCGGCAAGAAAUCGUCUGCGGAAGCUGCUACGCUCCACCCGGCUUCUCGCGUGUGAGGUGGCUUCCAUUAGAGUCGGUCUCGGAAAUCUAGCGGCGACGAGCGGGGAGGUCUGUCAAGUCGGCCUCGGUUAUUCUCCCGUCCAAGCAGGAGAAUCAAAUGCGGCAACUUGCGCCUCUUUCGCCGCUGAGCACGGGAGCGGCGCACGCGCUCUCCGAAACUUUCAGCACGCUAUACACGCAUGCCCCACGGCCUCCGCCGCGUGGCUGAACGCUAGUGAGCAACGAUGGUCGUGUACCCUAAAUGGGAAAUAUUGCAUACCGAACCCUGUGCGAGCUGGUCUAGGCUUCCAACAAUAUUUGACAAACUCGACCUCUUGGCCUUGUCUCCUUUCCCUCAUCUUCAAUCUCUAUCGCGAUAUGAUCAAGGCCCUUGAGACCGCCGUUGAACAUGGCGACGAGACCACAUCCUCCUUCGCCGGCAAGUCCAAAAAUCAGAAUCGGGAACCACAACCUGAAAAGGGGUCAGCACCCGUAGCAGGGGUAGUGCCGGCGGCCGGACAUACCCCGACGAAAGCGGCAAUAAUUUAUCCUUCGCUCAUCCUCCUAGAUUCCGUGCUCGCCAUGGCCCCGACGCAUCACGCCGCCAUGCGCUGCCGAGCAACGACCCUCGCGCGGCUUCGCCGCAUGCCUGAGGCCUUGGAUGCCGCCGAUCAGGCCGUUUCGGCCGCGGAUGUCGCCGUCCGUACGGCCAAACUCAAGCACAGGGAUGCCGCACUAGCCUCGGCAUCGACUGAGAGGACCAAAGGCGAUGUCAAUGCGUUGCCCCAACCCUCCCCGCCUGCUACGGUCAGAAAUAAGCACCCAGGACCAAGACAUCACACCCACUGUGUUGCCUCCGUCUCGAUGGCGGCGAAUAUGUGGCACACAUCUACCACAGCAGGUGACGAUGGCAGCGAUGCUGCCGGCAACGGCGGGGGACAUCAUGGUGCCCAACAUGAUGAUCCGUUCGCCGCCAGGACAUCGAUCGGUUUCAUGCGAAGCUCUAAGGCCACGGUGGUGGUAGGAGGAGGGCUCCUCCUGACAGGAGGAGGGCGCACCGAUGCGUUCGAUCUCGCCAAGAGCCUGGUCCUGCGGGGCUGCCUCCUUCAGAAGAAGAGUCGGUGGAACCAAGCUGAACAGGACUACCGACGAGCGCUGCAAAUCUGCCACAGCAUUCUUGGCAGGCUAGAGGGUCCUUCGGAUGCUUUCAGCUCCGGCAAUGUCGACGACAACGGUAUCAUGGCUGACGGAGGCCAGAACAACGGGCUACUGGGGCAGACGCGUGAGACGCAUUCGCACAAGGGGAGCGGAGACUGGACGGAUGGUCAAGUGUUAGUUGGCGGACAAAGAGACAUGGUAGAUGAUCGGCAAAAGGAAUUGGGGGCAUGCCGCGGGCUGUGGUCGGGCUAUGACGCUGUGGAUAUGUCUGACCGUCAGGACAGGACAUGUGAAGUGCUGAAGCUGAAACGCCUGAUUCACCACAACCUUGCCAGCUUGCACUUAGCAGCCGUGGUCGGGACAGGCAUCCGUGUUUCUCUCCGCAAGGAGGCGAUAGCACGAGAAAUUGCAGAACUUUUGGCUUGCAAUGAGCGGGUGGCCCAGGUCGCGUUCCGCUCCACUCAAAAGCUCGCCAUUUCUCGGCAAGUUGCCCAACAUCGGCAUGAACAGUGGUGGCCCUCCACGGUCCUGGCCGUGGCCCAGAUGGUCUCGCUGACGGUCCUGGGGCCAAUGCCGUGGAAUGGGGAAGCGACAACCAGCCACGGAAAUAGUCCAGGGAGAAACGCCCGACUACAGCUCGGUUCGGCCGAGAUAGCGGCUAAAAUGUCCAAUGGGUACGACACCGACGACGAUCACAACAAGGUACCACCAGGGCCCUUGAGCCUUGCCGGGGCGGCGCGAUCGCGAGCGUUGUCUGCGAUCAGCGUGAACCUCGCGGCGGCAGAGAAGAUAGGGGCGAUGUCGUCAUCGACGGGACAAGCGCCGCCCUGCCCUAGAGACCGAUCACACAAGCGGGAAGGUCUUGCUAGGGCCAUCGCCGCCUUGAGCAACGCCAUAACCCUAGCACCCACCCCGUCCCCUAAGCUGUACAUGGGGAGGGGAGGCUUAUAUGCCAAGAUGGACCAAGGCGAUUCCGCCGACAUUAGCAGCGGCGAGAAGGUGGGUGAUGAAGCUGGUCGGGGUAAGAGCGACCGAGGCGGCAUGAGUUUGAACGGCUACGGCGAAGCCGCGGCUUCGGACUUUGCGACGGCGCUUUGGAUGGACCAGCUGCUCCAAGAUCGAGCGGCGCCGGUGCAAACAACAGAGACAGCAGCUGCCGCCUUCCAAACAACGGCGUAG